AUAAACACCAAACAAGAAGAAGAAGGACGUCGUUUUAUUCUGCCCGUGUUGGGUUCUCAUAUUUCCGACAGCACCUGACGUACACACCAGCCGGAGUCCUCAUCCCGCAGCUGAAGUGAUCCUCCGGACCUCCACCGCCUCUCCUCCACCCGGGUACCGGACACCUUCUGCCGGCCAUGGCGCUCCGGAGCUUCUUCGUGGGAGGAAACUGGAAGAUGAACGGCAACAGGGAGAGUCUGGAGCAGCUGAUCUCCACCCUGAACACCGCGAGCCUGGACGACCAGACCGAGGUGGUGUGCGGUGCUCCCUCCAUCUACCUCGACUUCGUUCGCUCCAGUCUGGAUCUCAGGAUCGGUGUCGCAGCCCAGAACUGUUACAAGGUGGCCAAGGGAGCGUUUACGGGGGAGAUCAGCCCGGCCAUGAUAAAGGACUGUGGGGUCGACUGGGUGAUACUGGGACACUCUGAGCGCCGCCACGUCUUUGGGGAAGGCGACGAGCUGAUUGGUCAGAAGGUGGCUCACGCUCUGGAGAGCGGUCUGGCUGUGAUCGCCUGCAUCGGGGAGAAGCUGGAGGAGCGGGAGGCCGGCACCACCGAAGAAGUCGUCUACGCUCAGACGCAGGUCAUUGCAGAGAACGUGACGGACUGGGGGAAAGUGGUGCUGGCAUACGAACCUGUGUGGGCCAUCGGCACAGGCAAGACGGCUUCACCUGAGCAGGCUCAGGAGGUCCACGAGAAGUUGCGGGCGUGGCUCCGAGCCAACGUCUCAGACGACGUGGCCGACUCUGUGAGGAUCAUCUACGGAGGUUCAGUAACGGCAGCGAACUGCAGAGAGCUGGCGUCUCAGGGCGACGUGGACGGCUUCCUGGUGGGCGGAGCCUCUCUCAAGCCCGAGUUUGUCGACAUCAUCAACGCGGCACGUGCGUAGCACAAAAAAACGUCUCCGUCGGGACCAAAGAACAACACCCUUUAGAUUUUAGUCACCACGUGUCCUCAAACUGGGCUGACUGAUCC